GAACACCUACAUCGAGGCCUGCCUGGACUUCAUCAAGGACCACCUGGUCAACACGGAGACCACCGUCAUCCAGGCCACGGGGGGCGGUGCCUACAAGUUCAAGGACCUCAUCGAGGAGAAGCUGCGGCUCAAAGUCUCCAAGGAGGACGUGAUGACCUGCCUCAUAAAGGGCUGCAACUUUGUGCUGAAGAACAUCCCACAGGAGGCGUUUGUGUGCCAGAAGGGCUCCGACCCCGAGUUCCGCUUCCAGACCAGUCACCCCGACAUCUUCCCGUACCUCCUGGUCAGCAUCGGCGCCGGCGUCUCCAUCGUGAAGGUGGAGACUGAGGAUGCGUUCGAGUGGGUCGGCGGCAGCUCCAUUGGUGGCGGAACCUUCUGGGGACUUGGGGCCCUGCUGACCAAAACCAAGAAGUUUGAUGAGCUGCUGCAGCUGGCCUCCCGGGGCCAGCACACCACUGUGGACAUGCUGGUGCAGGACAUCUACGGCGGCGCCCACCACACGCUCGGGCUGGGCGGCAACCUCAUCGCCAGCAGCUUCGGAAAGUCCGCCACGGCCGACACAGAGUUCUCCAAAGAGGACAUGGCCAAGAGCCUGCUGCACAUGAUCAGCAACGACAUCGGGCAGCUCGCCUGCCUCUACGCCAGGCUCCACCACCUGGACAGAGUCUACUUCGGGGGCUUCUUCAUCCGGGGCCACCCCGUCACCAUGCGCACCAUCACCUACAGCAUCAACUUCUUCUCCAAGGGAGAAGUCCAGGCUCUGUUCCUGAGGCACGAAGGCUACCUGGGGGCCAUCGGAGCAUUCCUGAAAGGAGCCGAGCAAGACAAUCCCAACCAGUAUAGCUGGGGAGAAAACUACGCGGGCAGCUCCGGCCUGAUGAGCCCGGCCCCCGAGCUCUGCCCGGUGCAGAGGGCAAGGAGCGGCACGUUUGACUUGCUGGAGAUGGACCGGCUGGAGCGGCCGCUGGUGAACCUGCCCCUCCUCCUGGACCCCACCUCCUACGUCCCCGACACCGUGGACCUGACUGACGACGCCCUGGCCCGCAAGUACUGGCUGACGUGCUUCGAGGAGGCGCUCGACGGGGUCGUGAAGCGCGCCGUGGCCAGCCAGCCGGAUGCGGCCGACGCCGCCGAGCGAGCAGAGAAGUUCCGCCAGAAGUACUGGAGCAAGCUGCAGACGCUGAGGCAGCAGCCCUUCGCCUACGGGACCCUGACGGUGCGCAGCCUGCUGGACACCCGGGAGCACUGCCUCAACGAAUUCAGCUUCCCGGACCCCUACUCCAAAGUCAAGCAGAAGGAGAACGGCGCGGCGCUGAAGUGUUUCCAGAGCGUUGUCCGCUCCCUGGACUCACUGCGCUGGGAGGACAGGCAGCUGGCCCUGGUGAAAGGGCUCCUAGCGGGCAAUGUCUUCGACUGGGGGGCGAAAGCCGUCUCCGACGUUCUAGAAUCGGAUCCCCAGUUUGGAUUUGAGGAAGCUAAGGGGAAAUUACAAGAGCGCCCCUGGCUCGUGGACUCCUACAACGAGUGGCUUCAGAGGCUGAAGAUAACAGUGGAAUAGACGUCAUUUUGGGAGUCUUCCCCUUUGUCAGGGAGCUACUCUUUAGAGGGACUGAGGUGAUCCUGGCGUGCAACUCGGGCCCCGCCCUGAAUGACGUGACCCACAGCGAGUUCCUCAUCC